UGGCGCAGAGAGGCGUGUUCCCGGCAGGAAUACGGCGCUCAGGUGGAGGCAGCGCCGCGCACCGACCUCACUGCGCUCCCACGGCACGCAGGACCCGCAGCGCUGCGCGGACUGGUGAGAGGGGACGGCUCCUGGAGGAAGCUACCUGCUGCUGGCGCCGGGGAUUGAACUUGGAAACGGUCUGAGGGAAAGGUUCAUGUCUCAUUGGGGAAUAAUUGGCUCAUGACUCACGGCUGGAAACGUCUCUCAACAAGUCACUUCAUGCACCCGAGUGUCCUCAAGAAGAUGCGCGUUUUUCACAUUCAGCUUUCCCCGGAAGACUACAGUGAUGUGAUGCGUUCUGGGAGCUGGUAACGCAGCUGCUCGGAUGGAUCAGCUCUCCAGCUGAAGACGAAGGAGAGUUAAAAAAAAAAAAACAGUCCCUUUACGCGUGGAGUGGAUCAGGACGUGGGAAAUCGGCAGGGUUGGGUCUGGUCAGCCGGGAUGCGCCAUGCGUCAGACGUUUCACAGCAUGAUGCUUCAUCAAAGCCGCACCUGACACGUCGUCCCGGUCCGUUUUAAUCCACCAGGAGCCACGAUGCCCCCAGCGCGCCACAGGAGGCUGACUCUGAACCGGGUCCUGACCUUUGCCUUGCUGCUGGCCGCCCCCGGCUCCCUCGCCUCCCCGCAGAGCGCCUCUUGGAGUUCUGUGUGGGGUUCCUCUGCUGGUGACACCUCACCGGGGCGUCCGGGACGCACACGACGGCAGCUGCAUUUCAGAAACGAGUGGGCGGAAUGGAGCGGCUGGUCCAUAUGCUCACGCAGCUGCGGGGGCGGAGCCUCUGUUCGAACUCGCACCUGCAUCACCAGAAACCCCGUUGGCGGACCGUGUGCAGGAGAUCCCAGGCAGUACAAGAUCUGCAACACCAAGGAGUGUCCCCCUGGCUCGGAGGAUUUCAGAGCCAUGCAGUGUGCUGCCUUCAAUGACAGACCCCUGGUGUCGGGAAACUCCUUCAGAUGGACCACGUUUCAUGGAGGUUCCAGCCCCUGUGAACUCAGCUGCCUGGCCCUGGGACACAACUUCUACUACAACUUUGGUCACGUGCUCGACGGAACGACCUGCGAUGAAGGAUCUGGAGCAGUGUGUGUAAACGGACGCUGUCUGAAGCCCGGCUGUGACUCCAUCUUGGGUUCAAAGCAGCAGGAAGAUGCCUGCAUGGUGUGCGGAGGACACAACACCACCUGCCUGCACCACAAGAGCGUGUACCAGAGCAGCGGGCUGGAGGCAGGGGGCCCGUUUGGAUACAAUGAAGUGACGAUGAUCCCGGCUGGAGCCACUCACAUCCGAGUCACGGAUAACAGCAGGAAUUAUCUCGCUCUGCAGAAUGGCCGAGCCCAGUUUGUGAUCAAUGGAAACUGGAAGAUCAGCGGUCCGGGUGAGUACAACGUAGCCGGGACCAAACUGCUUUACCGGCGCUCUGCAGACACCUGGGAGAGCUUCGAGGUGCCGGGGCCGACCCAAGAAGACCUCCAUCUCAUGGUUCUGGCGACAGACCAAAACCCAGGAAUCGAGUACGAGUACUGGCUUCCACCUGACCAGUACGCCCUCUACCAUGGGAGGCGGAGUCCUCUGCGACAGGCUCACCACUCAGCCAGCUACUCCCCCAGGAUCCAAGCAACCACUUCCACCACAGCCUCCACCACCACCACCACCAGAACGCCACCAAACACCACCCGCAGACCCCACUGGUUUUUAAAUUAUUUAAAGCCUCCGCGUCAGGCUCUUCCCAACAACCACCAGCACCAUCCUCGCCAGCCCAACACUCGUCUGGAGCGGGAGGAAAACCACAGGAACCUCCUCCCUCAGAUCCCACCUGGAAUGCAUUGUGGAAAAUGCCGGCGAGUUAAAGGACGAAGGGAACGCCAGAGACAGUAUUGCCAAAAGGAUUUCGUGUUUCGUGGCAGAGUUCUUGGGAAGCUGUACAGGGGCGAGGAGACUCGUUACGACAUCCAGAUCAUCCACACGUACCGGAACCGCUACCGCCUGGAGCACCGGGAGUUCCUGUGGGUGCCGAACCUGUGCGACUGUCCCGGCCUGCAGGUGGGGAAACAGUACAUCCUGAUGGUGCGCCGCCACAUCAACUACGAGCAAACGCUGAACCGCAUCCUGCUGGAGGAGGAGAGCUACGUGGUGCCGUAUAGACCCAGAGAGGACGAGCUGCUGCGACCGCUGGAGAGGCUCUGCAGAAACAGAGGGCCCGAAGUCUCCACAGAGGAACGGGCCAGACUGUAGUUCACAGGGAUGAAGCUCAGACUUUGUGUGAUUUGCUUCAUAUGUGGACUUUAAAAUGAGCUCAGCGUGACACGGCAUGAUUUUCACCUUCAUUUGAAAUGUGCCGCAUUAUGAAUGCAAGGAACAAACUUCACAGUUAUUUAAGAGCUUGGCCAGCAAACCAAUUGAAGCACUUUAGGUGGGUACAACCCCCACCUUAAACAAAUACCAAAGAGAAGGACAGCGACUGAAAACAGCCUUUUUCUCAUUACUGGUUUUUCCACAGCAACCUCUUAGUUUCCAUUCUGUGUAGCCUUUGUUACGUUUGGAACAUGCUACAAUGAAUUUUGCAGAUUUAUUUCCCCAAAGACACAUUACAGAUGUUUCUGUGUUUGUUUCUUUUUCUUCUUCUUUUUGCUGAAACUUGUGUUCUGCAUCUGUAGGUAUUAAUAGAACUUACAACAGUGAGUUAGCGGCGAAUAAUGAUCAGCCUGGACUUUAUAUACAGUUUUUUAACAUCCCUUCGUGUAGCAGUGAAGUGUCAAAUAAUGGAAAAUUCAGCAUUUUAAUGGAUUCUUUCAACUCUGCACCUAACGCAAACAUAACAGCGGUUUGAACGUUAAUGAAAGUGUCUGCAUGGACCGCUGUGUGAAGCUGGAAAUACAUCAGCAUGGCAGAAAUGCACUUUGGUCUUGGCUCCGCUCUCAUAGCUGUUAGCUUGCAAACUAAUCUCAGUUUCAAAAGGGCCAAAAAUGAGGCAGAUGACUUCAACUGGUUACUCUAGGCAUCAACGAUGAAGGAACUCCAAAUUCUUCAACUUCAUCUCAAAUCAACAGCCAGGUGGUUGAAACCUGGAGACACCUGGGCGGUCCGACGUCCGGGUGUCUCAAGCUGCUUUUAAGGACUUCCCAAAUCUCUGAUCUCACUUCUAUCUGUGCUUUCUUCGUCUGUGCUACGUUUAGGUGGAUACAUUUUAUUUUUUCCAGGAACAGUUGUCUGACAUCCAGCCAGAAUGAUGCCAGAUGGGUAAACAAAAGUGUGCGGCCAAGGUGAAGCUCUUUAUGGACCAUUUAACCAAAUAUAAAUUGAGUUUCGUGUAUAUUUCUGACCCCAUGUGGAUUAGAGUAAAUCCACAAUAAAGCAAUACUUGUGCGUCUAUUUCUUGUUUUGUUUUUAAAUCCUCGUUUGUGACAUAAUGAUCUCACCAUGGAAGAAAGGAACAGUUCAAAUAAAUCAGUGGCAGCUGAAACUGGUGCAUCUGCAUCCAUGACUACUGGAAACUUUACUGCAUCUUCUAGAAGUAGGAUAUUUAAAAAAAACUCUGUACUAUGUCCUGAAAGUGUCUCAAGAGUAAUCCUGAGACGUUCUGCUCAAAAUUACCUAAAUGGUAAGAAGGUAACCUGUAGAGCUCCCUUGUAAACUUCUUUAAGAAACCAGGGAGUUUUCCUUGUCCAAAAGUCCUUUGUUUUAUCAAAGAUUUCAUUCAUUCACAACUAGAUCCCCUUUGUUUAUAAAACUGUACUUGUGCACAUCAGUAUUUAUCUGCUUUUAAACCAAACUCUCCUCUUUGUGAGAAUGCAUUUGCCAUUGUUUAGCAGUUAAUGUUCGGUAGAUUGUCCAAAAGACCGAUUCACCGCCUGAUGAAUUGAUCUGUUCUGAUUCUUAUAGUUUAACCAGAAUUUCUUUUUCAGCAUUUUAAAACUUUUUUUCUUCUUCACUGUGGCCUUAAACGUUUGUUGCAUGUACAACAGAGGCGUAGUUUCAGCUCCAAAGCUGCAAAUAAUCAACCAGAAUGUCGUUUAAUCGGGUCCAGGUGUGACCUGUUAUGAGUGCGCGCCACCUGGAGCUCAGUGUGACCAGUUCUGGUACAUUUCUGUUAAAAAAGUCAGACAUAUUGGGGAAGAAAGAGUAUUAUUGAAGAGAUGAAAUAUAAGUUUAUUUUUUUCUGUUUAUCUAAAAAUGAGGUAUAAUGGUUCACAAUGUAUUUUUUUGUAUAAAAUAAGUAUAAAUCUUGACCCAUUACCUGUAUGUCACUUGUAUAAUGGGCUUCAUAAUGUAUUCUGAUUAUUUGUGAUGAUAUUUGAUGCUGAAUGCUUAUCAGUAACAUUAUUUUCUGUGGCACGUUGAAUAAGUUGAGCUUUUUGAUGUUUUUACAAUAUAUAAAUAUUUAAUUAUACAGUUGUUUUUCCCAUUGUGUGGCACUGAUUAGCUGCAAAUAAGUAUAGUUUAAAUUGAAUUAUUCUGAGGGAGUGUGAUAUUGUGCCUUUUCCACAAAUCUGUAACCUCUUGUUGGCUCUCAAACUUGUGCAUGAAUGUUUCUGCAUGAAUGAGUCACUAAAACAAUAAAAGAAACAUUCAGUGCCGA